UACUUGCCUUGUGUUGAAAGGAAGAGUAUUUGAUAUUUUCUAGGGGGAGAGAGGGAUGAUUUCAUAAGCUUUGAGUUGUCAAAUGGAGGAGGAACUGGAUACUUCAUCGGCCUUUCUUUUUUCUCAGCCAUGCAUGACAAGAAGCCAGAACGACUUUGCUUGUAGAAGGAAAAGAAGAUAUCUCCACUUCAUCACACCAAUGCCAGAGAAGCAGUUUCAGAAAGGAAAAACCCUAAAAGAAAAUUUAUAUCUGACGUGAAAAUUCUUGAUUGCUUUUCGUGAACCGGGCUAUUUUGGCAACUUCCAUUAUAUAUAUAAUCUGUCAAUCGUUAUCAUCCACUGCCUUCCGCAUCCGCAUCGAAGCCGGGCCUUUUGCUAAUCAUCAUCUUCAUCAUCAACAGCAGAAGCAAGGAAGAGAAAAAGAUCAGAAAUUGCCAUCAUUUGAUUUUGAGAGAGAGAGGCAGAGAGAGAGAGAGAGAGAGAGAGAGAGAGAGAGAGUAGAGAUGAUGGAGAAGAGAAGUUGUGGGGCUCUUGUGUUGGUUCUGCAUUUGAGUUGGGUCUCUGCAAGAAGCUCGAUUUUUGCACAGAACGGUGGUGAUCGUCGUGGCGUUGCUCUUCUUCUAUCUGAGACCAAUCCGGAGAUGCUUCUGUCUUCGAAGCACCCGAGAACCUUAUCGGAGAGAGCGCAAGAGAUCAGGAGCUGUGAACAAGAAGAAGGAAGGAAUCAAAUGGGAGGGAGCAAGAUCGGGUCGAGGCCACCGAGGUGCGAGCACAAGUGCUAUGGCUGCACGCCCUGCGAACCCACCCAAGUGCCGGCCACCCACAACGGGCACGCCCACGUCAGGGUCCAAUACACCAACUACGAGCCGGAGGGUUGGAAGUGCAAGUGCGGCCCUUCCCUGUAUAACCCUUGACCCUUCCACAGACAAAAGUACACAGAAGAUUCUCAGUUUUCUCUUCUUCAGAGUUGGUGGAAUUGCUUGCGUUUUGAUAUGUCUAGGCUUAUGGAGCUGACCCGAGGAUGAUCACUGGUUCUGUCUCAUCUGAACCCACUUUUGUCUAAAAGGGCUGAAGGUUCGCAGCGAUCUUGAGUUGGUAGUUUUUACAUAGUUUCUUGCCUUUAAUUUAACGACUAGUAAAUUAGGAAAUGUAUUCUGUGUCCCUUUCUGGUUAUCUAACUCGUCAUGGACAGA